AUGCAAGAGGAGCGAGUUUGUGGUGUGAGUGGAGGGACAGAGCGCGGGUUUGCAGGUGCCCACAGCACAGCGCAGAGCAUGUUCCACCUCUUCUCACACUGCUGGACCUGGCUGCAGGCCGUGCAGGAGCCCGUCAGGAAAGUGACCCUGCUCGUCGUGGGGCUGGACAACUCAGGGAAGAGCUCCAUCAUCACGGACAUCAUGAGAGCUCUGGCCAGCGAGGUGCUGCCUGCAGCACAGCCCGGCCAGACCCGUCUGCGGGUGAACAGAUUUGAGGUGACGCUGGUGGAGCUGCCUGGAGCUCAGCGCUGCCGCAGUGCCUGGCGCAGCCACUAUGGUGCAGCCAACGGGCUGCUCUUCGUGUUGGACUCCAGUGACCUGGCACGGAUGGAGGAGGCCCGCAAGGCUCUGAGCCGCAUCCUGAGUCACCCCGAUGUCUCCGGGAAGCCCCUCUUGCUCCUGGCCAACAAGCAGGACGUGGCGGCUGCCCUGCUGCCCUGUGAGCUGAUCGAACGCCUGGCGCUGCAGCGGCUCGUCAAUGAGAACCACUCGCCCUGCCGCAUCGAGCCAUGUGCAGCCAUGGGCCCAGCCCGCAGCACGCUGCAAGGACUGCGCUGGCUCCUGCGUGCUGCUGCUGAGCACUCCCUGCAGCUCCCCACUGCCUGCUCCCCAUCACCUGACCCUGGACCUGGAGCAGCCCAUGGCCGCCCACAUGCACACAGGGACCCCCUGGCCCAAAGGGAAGAUGAAUCUUCCAGUGCAGAGAAGAUAAAGGAGCCACAGCCCAGCCGCCACCUCCUCUCCCCCAGUCUCCAGAAGGUGAGCACAAAUGGCCCUGGGAAGAGGAAGAAGAAGGUGAAGGUGAGGAAGAAGGGCACAGGGCAGCUGAACCCAGCUGGAGAACCAGAGGGAGGAGCAGCAGGAGGGGCUGAUGGCCGAGCCAGCACUGCUGGGGGGCUGCUGGCCCCCAAUAGGGUUGGGCAGGAGGAACCUGUGCCUGCUGGGAUGGCUGCCCCCCGCUCAGCGCAGGGCAUGAAAAAGAAAAAGAAGAAAAAAAUCAAGAAUAAAAUCAAAUCACAGGAGCCUGUCAUGGAGCAGCAGCAGGAGGAGGUCUCAAACCUGUACCGCCGGGCGAUGCUGGCUCUGAAGAUGCGACAGGAGCAGAGGAAGCAGCCAUCUGCCAUUGCCCCCUGA